AUGAAUGUCACGAUAGAUGAUACCUCACCUCAGAUCAGGUAUUCCGAUCCGUCAGGAUGGCUUGUCAAUGGGAUUGCCGACUCAGGGUACGUCGACUAUUACGGUCAAACAUUUAUGGGUACUCAAACUGCCGGCAACUCUUUUUCUUUCACAUUUCACGCUGAGGCGGUUUACAUAUAUGGAUCAAAGUGGUAUAACCAUGGAUAUUAUUCUGUAUCUCUAGAUGGAGGUCAAGCUCAAUAUUCCAAUGGGAAUACGGACGGAACUCGGUAUUUCCAGCAAUGUCUGUAUUCUGCCACCGGGCUGUCUACUGGGUCACAUACCAUUGUCGUGACCAACACCCCCAACAUGCAACCCCAAACCGGAGAAAUAUGGUUUGACCUUGACUUUAUCGUCCUAACCCUUCCCACCACCUCCCAAAUCCACAGUACCACUUUCGACGACCCAUCUUCGGCCUUCACUUAUUCCGACAACGGAGGAUGGAGUCAAACAACUCAUUCUUCUCAUUCAACCGAUACGACGGGAUCUUCAGUUAGCUUCUCUUUUACAGGAAGUUCGGUCCAGGUGUUUGGUCAGGUCGGUCCUCAGAACGGAAAUUAUUCGAUAUCGCUCGACCAAGUAGUAGAACAACCGUAUAAUGGAACUCAUGGUACAACUAUCGGAGUGACAUCGUUAUAUCUCGCUUCUGGACUAUCGGACAGUCCACAUACUCUGGUCAUCACCAAUAUAGCUAACGAUCGUGGUUCCCUCCUCGACAUCAACUACGCGAUCGUCAAUAGUUCCCUCACCCCCACUUCGUCUAGCAUCGUGCCCUCCACUGCUCUCUCUAACGUCUCUUCAGUUGUCCAAUCUUCAUCCACCACCACUACCACAUCAUUCGAUGACUCCUCCAUUAGCUCAUCUUCCCCCGGUAGCACCGCUACCUCAUCCAGCACAUCUUCCUCGUCCACUGCAUCCGGAGCAGCAGCGGCAGUUUGGGCGGACAAGACCUCGUCUGGAAGUUCGGAAAUACCACCUCCCCAGAGGACUGGCGAUAUCGCUGCCAUCUCCGCUCAAACCUCAACAACCCGAAGUGGAGAUGUCGGUGCUGUUGUCGGUGGGACUGUAGCUGCUGUCGUUCUCCUCAUCCUAGCCAUGAUCCUCGGUGUUUGGUUAUGGCGAAGGAGACGUCGAAGAGGACAAAUCCAUCUUGAACCUUCUCCCAUCAGUACAAAUCCCCGGUUAAAGUCUUCCUCUGAAUCCUCUCUUUAUCCCAUGAUUGACAGACGUGGAUCCGGACGAGGUGGGACUGGUGAUGUAAGACAAAGGGAUACCAUUCAAUCUUCAAUUCUUUCUCCUAUAUGGUCACCCAAUAGAGAAGUGUUCCAUCAAUAUACACCCCCACAACGUGUAAUGAUGACUUACACCGAUUUACCACCUUUAGACAUUCCUUCUGCUCCAACACCAGCUUUCGUCCGUCGGUUAACCUACAACCCUGAACCUGCUCCAUCCUCUCGUAGUCCUGAAAUAUCCCGACAGGUCGAUCGUCAAAAUCAUUCUCGUCAGCUCUCUACGUCUUCAUUCAAUCGAUCAUCGACUAGACCAUCUCCAUCCUCACGAGCUUUACCUUCGUCUGGAAUACCCACGGCUCAAGAAGGACGAUCAUCUAGUCGAAGACGUGAAUCGAAGUCUUCCCCCAGACAAGGAAAGCGAGUCGUCGAUAUUCGCGAUGAUACAUCCGGAUAUAGGCAUGAUGCAACUCAGCCCUUUACCUCAUCAACGAACGAACAACUCACGGGGGCCCUCGGGCCCUCUCUUGGAUCCGAUGAUUCUCCUUCGUCCGCACUGAAAACCGAGCUUCUCAAUAUGCCAUUCCGUCGAUUCUCCGGACCGUCAGAAGGAGCUUCUUCUAGGGCUACCAUGUCGGUCUUUGGACGUGAAAGAGAUGCUGGACCUGCUACUCCGGAGGAAAUCGAAAGGGCUGCUUUGGGAAUACCUGAACUACCGAUAUUACCACCUAAUUAUCAGCAAGCUACUCAGAAGAGACGAAGAUGA